GGCUGGUCCCCUCCACUCGCCCACUCGCCCUCCCCAGCCCCCAUCGGCCAUGUAGCCCCGAUGCCUCUCCGGACGGCCGACAGCCGACGCCGAGCCGCAGGCUGACUGCAGCAAGUUGGACCAGGGGGCCGGAGGCACGUAGGGGUCGCGGGAGCCGGGGAAAGGACCGGCCGGAGCUAAGGGGGGCCCAGCAGGACCAGCCAGAUGGGGCAAGUUUCGGCCUCGGAGCCGGGGGGUCUGUAGGGACUAAUGGACGGCAGCCUUUGGGCUUUUUAAACUUCACCAUGGCUGCCCAGUCAAGCUUGUACAAUGAAGAUCGAAAUCUGCUGCGCAUUAGAGAGAGGGAGCGGCGUAACCAGGAAGUUCAUCAGGAGACAGAGGCCUUUCCUGAGAAAACCCCCCUCUUUGGAGAGCCCUAUAAGACCAACAAGGGAGAUGAGUUGUCCAGCAAGAUCCAGAAUAUGUUGGGCAAUUACGAAGAGGUGACUGAGCUGAUCAGCACCAAGUCCCACCAGAAUUUCCUGGGUAUCCCUGGAAGCAACGCCGCGCUGCCCCCUCAGGGCAAGCCCAACCGACCCUUCCACUCCGCUCCACCCCCCGUCCCCCAGCCGUUGGGCCCAGCCGCCCCUGCCCCCCUGAGCCUUCACCCCAAGGCCCAGCCCAAGAUGGAACCUGGACCUGGCCCCCAUGCCAAGAGCAUGGGCCCGCCCAGCGGGCAGCCCCAAGGUCCGGGCCGCGGGGCCCAGGCAGGGCACGGCGCCGGCCGCCCCAAGAAGAGCGAGCGGCGACCCGAGGGGGAUGUGGCCAUAGAGCCGCCCGCCCCCGUCUUGGGACUCUCCCCGCUGCUGUCCACCUUGUCUUCCCCGGUGGGGCCCUUGUCCCCUCUACAUUCCAGUCAGCACGUCGGUUCGAGGAUGCCGGUGGGCAGCAAGGGGCUCAGCAAGGGGUUCGGCCCUGCGACGCAAUCCCCCCGAGCCCCCGCCCCGAGCUCCCAUGAGGAGGAGGCGGCCCGGGCCAGUGGGGCCUUAGCCACGGCUCCCCCGCCCCCUCCUUCUCAGACUUUCCCCCCACCACCCCUGCCUUCCAAAACCAGCGCCGUGCAGCAGAAGCCUACCGCCUACGUCCGCCCGAUGGACGGCCAGGAUCAAGCCCCCAGUGAAUCACCCGAACUGAAACCGCGCCCUGAUGACCUGCACGGUCCGCCCUUCGACAAGAUCGCCGACCUGAAGGUUGCGGCCAAAGCCAAGCUCUCCAAACUGAAGAUCCCCUCUGAGCCCAUCGAGCACACUUUCACCAAUGAAGUCCAUUGUGUUGAAGAAAUUUUGAAGGAAAUGACCCAUUCAUGGCCUCCUCCCCUGACAGCCAUCCACACACCAGGCACAGCUGAGCCAUCCAAAUUUCCUUUUCCAACAAAGGAAUCGCAGCACAUUGUAAUUCAGAACCAGAAACAGUAUGAUGCAGCUUCAAAAACCUACUCCAGAUCUCAACAGGGAUCAUCUACGUUAGAAGAUGACCUUCAGCUCAGCGACAGCGAAGACAGUGAUGACGAUCAAGCCCCUGAGAAGCCACCUCCCUCACCUGCUCCUCCAAGCGCCCCACAAUCCCUCCCUGACAGUGUGGCAUCAGCACAUUCCAGCAGUGCAGACUCCGAGAGCACCAGCGACUCAGACAGCUCUUCGGACUCUGAGAGCGAGAGCAGCUCAAGUGACAGCGAAGCCAACGAGCCCCCGGAAGGUCCAGGACCGGAGCCCGAUCCUCCCACAGCAAACAAAUGGCAGCUGGACAAUUGGCUGACCAAAGUGAGCCAGCCAGCAGUGCCGACCAAGAGCCCGGAGAAAGCGGGACCCAGGCACCGGCCCUCCGAAGGGAGGGGCAAGAGCGGAGGUGGGACCGGGGGCCACGAGCGCACUGAACCCCAAGAGCCGCCCCCCAAGGGUCCCUCCAGCAAGGGGCCCAAGCCCCCCACCGAAGGGCACGCCCAGGGCAAGAGCCGGGGUCAGAAGUCCCCCGGGCCGCCGGGCCCGGAGGAGCCCCCGCGGCGGCAGACGGUCGGGACCAAGCAGCCCAAGAAGCCCCUCAAGGCGUCACCCGGGGAGGACUCACGGGGUAGCUUGCUGCGGGUGGAGAGUGAGCCGGGCCCGCAGCCCCGGACCAAAGAGCCGCCCUCCCGCGACAAGCCCCGCGUCAAGACGAAAGGGAGGCCCCGGCCAGGCCACGGGAAGGAGGAGGCCAGAGCCGGCGAUCCGCAAGGACCCAGUGACAGGAAGAAGCACAAGAGCGCUCACCCCACCUCCACCUCCACCUCCACCCCUGCCUCCGCCCCCUCCCGAGUGGGUGUGGACCCUGAGCCGGUCAGGGACAGCGCAGACAAUGGCAGCCUGGAGCGCUGCCCCGUCAGCCCCCUGAAUCAGGGCCGGGAUCGGGCCCAGGACACCGGCCGGACCGGCUCCGGCAGGACUAGUGGCGCAAGGCCGGUGGAGGGGGCCCAGGACCACCCCGUCAAGGACGACAAAUUCCCGUUGCCUUUCAGAGACCCCAAGCUGCUGUCACCCCUCAGGGACACCUCCCUCCCACAGAGCCUCAUGGUCAAAAUCAACCUGGCACUUCUGUCCCGGGUGCCCCGGCCCCCCACCAAGGGGACCCAGCACAAGAGACUGGAGGGUAAGCCGCUCCCGGCGGGGAGAAAGGAGGAGCUGGACAAGAGAAGCACAGAGACCUUGGACAAGGUGGCCAAGAAGCGAAAGGGAGAACCAGAGAGAGACCUUGAUAGCAAGAAAAUCAAACUGGAGAAAGACGCCAAAUUAUUGCCAUCUUCUUCAGCUUCCAAAGAUGCCAGUAAAACAAAGAUAUCCAGGUCAUCCUCCGAGGCCCCAAAGAAAGAACCGCUGGCACCAACCCCUGGGUCCCCCUCCCCCAAACCAGCCAAGACCGGGCACAAACGGCCGAAAGCCGAAGGCAGCGCCAGCAGUCAGGGGCCCCCCAAAAGUACCAGCACCACAAAGAGCAGCCAGAAAGAGUCGUCGUCUUCCUCCAAGCAUAGGAAAACCGAGGGGAAGAAUUCCGGACACUCAACAAGCAACAAAGGAUCUGCAGGGGAUAUUGCAAAUCCUUUUCCAGUGCCUUCUUUGCCAAAUGGUAACUCCAAGCCAGCGAAGCCUCAAGUGAAGUGUGAAAAACAAAGCGAAGCCGAAUUUCACAUGAAAGAGGCCAAAAGGCUGAAGCACAAGGCCGAUUCAAUGUCAGACAAGAUUGGAAAAGCAUUUAAGUACUUGGAUGCGGUCCUGGCCUUCAUCGAGUGUGGAAUCGCUAUGGAGUCUGAAACCCCGACGCCAAAGUCGGGUUACACCAUGUUCACGGAGACCGUAGACUUUGUUAAAUUCAUAAUGUCAUUAAAAACUUUUACAGACUCCUCAACACCUACACAGGAGAAAAUAUUUGCCGUUUUAUGUAUGCGCUGCCAGGCUAUCCUCUACAUGGCAAUGUUUCGUUACAAAAAAGACACUGCAAUAAAGUAUUCUCGUACCCUUAACGAACACUUCAAGAAUUCUUCCAGAGUUGCACAAGCACCUUCUCCGUGUGUUGCCAGAAGCACCGGCACGCCGUCCCCUCACUCCCCCCUGCCUUCUCCUGCCAGCUCGGCGAGCUCCUGCCAGCCGGGGUCGAACGCCAAUGGGGGCGGAGCAGCGGGAACCGUCAGCACCCCCGUCCAGAUCCAGAACAUGACCUCCUCCUACGUCACCAUCACUUCCUAUUUCCUAAACUCAUAUGAACUCUGGGAGCAGGCCGACGCACUGGCAAGGAAGAACAAAGAAUUCUUUGCUGAGCUCAGCACAGCAGCGUGCUCCCUGACCAUGAACAGCAGUUUGACCGAACUGGUCCACUACAUGAAACAGGGUUUACAGUGGCUGAGACUGGCAACAAAAAUGCCAUAACCAGGGCUCAAGGUGACGGGGCCCUGGGGACUUAUUUGCACUUUGGAAGCCUCAGAAACAGUACGGCCAGCGGCAGCAGCGUUGGGACCCCCGCAGGACCCCAAGCUGGGGGAAAGGCGCUGGCCCCACUGGACAUUCUGACCUACUGUGCUCCUCGGUCGGUCCUGUGGUUAGGCUGGAGAGCCGAGAUGAAGGAGGCCUCAGGGUGGAUAUGAUGCCUUUUCUCUACUAAUGGACAGAAGUGCAAUGUGUCCCUUAAAUGGUUGCGCGCAUCAGUGGUCUAUGAACAUUUCCCUCAUUGAAUAACCAGCAGGAUGGCAUAAAAAGAAAUCCCAAGAAGAAGCAAUCCCAGCUCCAGAAGCUGACCGAGAUCAUCUCCCGUAGCCACAGUGGUCCUGCCCAGAGUGGGGUUGGUUUGGGGUGGGUUUUUUAUUUUUUUAUUACUAUUUUGUUUUUAAUUUAUUGUUGUUGUUCUAACCAAAUGAUUUGUGGUGAUGGGUUUGGGAUAUUUUUAUUUUAGCCUGGUUUGGUCCUGGGGAGGGAGGGUUGGAAUGGGGACAGGACUAAAAGCGUCAAACAGCAUUAUGUUGAAA